AUGGCAGGCCAGCCGCUCUACCCGUCGCUGGUCGGGGAUUGUCGGGUUGUGUUGGUCGAGGCGGCGGCUGACCUCGACGAGAUGUGCAAGAGCCUAGGUCUUCCAGACUAUCGCUCAAACUACGGAUGCUUGCGUUGUUUUGCGCACAGGAACACGUUUGCCGACCUGGCCGCGCCUUCCCGCAAGCGCACUCACGAUUGGUUGUUGGACACAGCUGCCACAGCAUUGUUCCGGCUCCCCGUGGAUGACGAUGGCGCGGCCGAGCUGCGCGAGAACUCGCGCAUCAAAAGGAAACGGGGCGGCGUUGUCGUGUCGAGUGUCAUGCGGGACAAGUUCCCGCUGCUGAGGCGAGGGGACAGGAUCGAACCUGUCCACCCUGGCUUUCCUGAUUUCUGGCACGGGGAGCGGGAUGACCCGCUGCUUAAACUGAAAGCGGGCAAGUCUAGGAAGUUAUUGCCGUACGUUGUGCACUUACUUCGUGACCAGGGCGGUCAGUUGCUGCUGGACGACGCCGACCCUGCCAUGCGUGAGGGUACCAAGCUGCUCACCGUUGGCACUGGGCUGCUGGAUUACAGCGAGAUCUUGCGCGGCCAACCGCGCAGAAUGGAUGAGCUGGCUGUCCUGCACUUGGAGAGCGUCAUUUUUGACGCCAUGGCAGCUUGGAUCUCCACAGGCCGUAAAGUUGUCAUGAAGUUUCAUGUGGGCGGCACACUGUGCGGACAUGCCUCGGGGAUGUGCAUCCCCGACGCGCAGCAUGUCCGCGCUCCGCUGCGCACUCGCAUAGUUCUUGGCGGAUCUGGAGGCAACGGGGAGAAGCGCGCCGAGGACCUCGGGACUUUCGUGAGCGUCGCGAGAAUGGCCCGGUGGGCGGUCGUACUCAAGGUGGAGUUGCCGGUGGGGUCGGGCGAGCUGUCUGCUCGCCUGAGCGAGGAGCGCGCCUUGUGGGCCUCUUGCCUGGACGAGAAGGUCGGCCACCUGGUGGACCUUAUGGGGUCGCUUGAGCAGCGGCUGGACGGCCUCGACAGGCUCGGCGGGCCUGGCUUCCAGCCUGCGGCCGCGGACUACGACGAGGAGCUGCAGGUGGAGUCGGGCGCGCACCGCCUCUCCAGCGAGCUCUCGGUGGUCUCGUCCGGGCGGGAGGUGGCCUCGAGCGCGUCGACUGGAGACCCCCAUCGCCUGGAAGGCGCUGGCAAGAUGGGUCAGUUGUCGGUCCUGGACACAAUGUGCCGCGCGGUUGAGGCGCUGCAGGACCAGAAUCGCAUUCACCGCAGCGAGAUCAAGGCGCUGCAGGCGCAGCAUGUGGAGCAGAGAGACGUCAGCAACGAUCUCGCACGCGGACUCGAAAGCGUGAAGGAGGACGUUCGCUUGCUCCAGGCGGUGCCGUUUCCACUUGCUGCGGACCUGGAGGAGCUCCGCGCCCAGCUCUUCCAGAACUGCGGCGACGUCGCCGCCCUCCGGGACAAGGUGCUGGUAAGGCUGCAGUCCUACAUGUGCCACUACCUCCUCAGCCAGGAUACGCUCGACCUGCGGAUGCCUCACAGAAGCCACAACACCAACAUCAAAGGCAGCAGCGACACCAGUAGCCGACACUCCCAAAGCGCCCGCGCCGAUUACAGGGACGGCGACGCCAACGGCGCCAAUUACCCCGACUACCUCAGAGAUUUCGAAGCACUUGUCAAGCAUGUUGGUAGACAGCGCGCCUCCAGCCCACAAGAGAUGCCCGACGUCGCCAACUCCGCCACCGACGCAGCCGUCACCAGUGGAGAUCAAGGGUUCUCGCAGGCGGGGGACUGGCCAGGCGAACAGCUCCACCAGGCGAUGCUGGCCACAGGACUCAUAGCGACCAACGCCAUGCUUCCCGACCCCGAGAGCGGCCACACGUACACGGACAACUCGGGGCAUCGCCGCCCGCUCGACAUUCAACGCCAGAUAGAACAGUUGCUGGUCGCACAUCCGACCAGAGUUCAGGUGUUGAACAUUGAUGCGGACACAGACCCCGAGGUUCGAAGCCUGCUCGACAUGCCAGAGGUUCGACAGUGGGAUAUGCACCAGUGCAUGUUCGGGGAGGAUGCCGAAGAAGGACCAGCCAUCCGACUGCCCAAAGUGCCAGUCGAGCUCUUCAAGUUCGUCCAAGGCAUGGAGGGGGGGGAGGGCAACGCGGCCAAGCAGUUCUUCGAGGGCCUCGAGAAGGUCAUCGGAGACCUCGGCGCGACCAAGAGCCACCUGAUCUACAACAUUGCCGCUCUCCAGGGCGAGGUGCAGAGGCAGGGCGGGCGCAUCGGCGCUCUGCUGCAGGCCACCGGCCUCGAGAGAGCCGACCCGCCGCACGUGCGCACCGACAGCGCCCCGCCCGUCGACGCGCCUCCUGGCGAGCGACGGCGCGCGUCCCGGGAGCGCCGCAGUGCCUCCCCGGAGCGCCGCAGCGCCUCCCCGGAGCGCCGCGGCGCCUCCCCGGACCGCCGCAGCGCCUCCCCGGACCGCCGCAGCGCCUCCCCCGACCGCCGUAGCCAGCGCCUCCCCGCCGCGCCGCGGCGUCUCCACGGAGCGCCGCGGUGCCUCCCCCGCGGGGAGGCGCGGCGUUUCCCCCUCGGGGCGGCGGGGCGCCUCCCAGGGGAGGCGGAGGCGGAGGGCUGUGCCGCGGGCCGGCUGCGCCGUGGCGGUGCUCGAGGACUUCGCGUCAAACAGCAAGGGCAGCGUGCUGUUGAGGGAAGGCUGGGAGGGCGAGGUCGUCAGGCUCGACGGGGACGGGGACGCGCUGAUCAGGUUCGAGAAGCAGCACUGCGCCGAGUGGGUCGUCCGGGGCAACUUCUCGAAGCUUCGGGUCUACGAUCCAGCGGAGGAGGAGACGGAGGUGACGGACGACUCUGGGGACGAGGCGGCGACCAGCAGGCUGCCUUGGACGGAGCCCACGGAGGCCACGGAGCUGGAGUCGGAGGCCCCGUGUGGCUGCGGGCUGUUCUGAGCCGGAUCAGCCCCAUCCGCCGGGGGUUACCCCCGACCUCGGGCUCUGCUGCGAGGGGUGGCCACUGGCCCAAGGUGACCCCAGGCUAUCCAGGGAGGCCCCCAAUGGCCUCCAGGGCACCCACCAUGAGGAGUCCCUGGAUGGAGCGGCAAGCUGGAGCCACCUCGGUCCAAGGCCUCGUUGUCAACAUUCGACCGUCUCCUGCCGCGCACCAUCGCCACCCAUUGAAAUUUGUGGUGUGGCGGUUUCUUGGUGCACUUUCGGCGCCUGCCCCUUUCGCGAGACCAGUCGGCGGCAGGGCUUUGAGAUUGGUGGCGCCCACCAUCCAGUCCCACCAUCCCUCCCUCCCCCUCUCCCCUCUCACCGCCUCCCCCUCCCGUCCUCGUUCCUCCCUCUCCCCUCCACUCCACCGCGCCUUUUCAACCCUCGUUGGCGACGGGGGGAAGGAAUGUGGAUGAGGGAGCUUUGCGAGUCUCCCACAGGGGUUGAAGGGGCCCGCUGGUCCUGCCCCUCGAGGGUGUCGCGCGGAUGGAGCUAAGAAUCCAGCUGUGGCCAGGGUGGUCACGGCGAGCGUAGUUCGUUCAACCAGUUAAUCGCGCCGGCCAGAUAGGGCCAGUUUGCACGUGGGGGGUGGAAUUCGCGCUCAGCCAGCCAGCGGAGGUGCCAGUUUUUUGCUUGCGCAGAGUUCCCUCUUCGCAUCCUACCACCCCGUCCUGCUCCUCUCCUGCGCCUGCGGUCUCUUGCACCUCACGACUUGAGCAGGCGAGUCGUGAGUCUUCCAGAGGUAUGUGGAGGCUUCGCUGCAUGACCAGUAUCUGUAGUCUGUUAUGCCAGCGGGGCACA